AUGUUCACAGCAUUUGCAAUGGCUUUUGGAGGUAUCAACACCACACACAAGACAGUCAGAAGGGCAGCAAUAAGCUGGGCCAGGAAGAACCGGGACUUCCUUGAGCCGUUCAUGGAAGAUGAGGAUGGGCUGGAUGGGUAUCUGCAUGAGAUGGCACAAUUGGGAACAUGGGGAGAUCACAUCAUGCUUGAGGCUCUAUGUAGGACUUACAAGGUGGCGGUGGCAGUGCUGAAGAAAACAGAGAACGGGGAGCUGGUAUGGAUCAAGGUAGGAGAGUUUGGUCCUGAAACAAGGUUCAUCCCAUUGUACCUACAAGAAGAGCAUUAUGAGAAUCUGGUGUCUUUGGAGGAUGUCUAUCAGAGGUAG